AUGGACCGAGAACUGAACGAAGAGGAGUUGCAGGCGUUGUACGCGUGGAUAGACAGAAUAUCUCUGACCCGGCCCAAGAGACACAUCACCAGAGACUUCAGCGACGGAGUGAUGGCCGCUGAGGUUGUCAAGUAUUUCUUCCCAAAGCUUGUUGACCUGCACAACUAUAUUCCUGCAAACUCCACGCCGCAGAAGCUCAGUAACUGGAACCUUCUCAACAGGAAGGUGUUUUCCAAGCUGAACUUUCACGUGCCUGAGGACACAGUGAAGAGGAUUGUACUGAGCACUGCAGGAGUGAUAGAGCCUGUACUGAACGCCCUCCGAGAGAAGAUAGACAAGAAACUGGAGCAGCCGACUGAGAAUAUACUGGAUUUGGAAUACUAUGAAGCCAGAAACCAGAAGAAACCUCAUACAGAACUUCAUCAGACUGAAGCGAUGCGCGUGACUCAGACGGCAGGAGAAAUGCUAAAAGAUGAAAAAAGCAGAAUGAAAAACGGUAAACCGCAACAGACAGCGCAAUGUUACCCAGACAUGGACCCUAGUUUACGACUAGUCCUGCAGGAAAAAGAGAAAGCUGUCCUGGCUUUGCAGGAGACUGUGGAGAUCCUGCAAAUGAAGGUGAGCAGGUUAGAGCAUCUGGUUCAGUUGAAGGACAUGCGUAUUGAAGAUCUGAUUCGGCAUCUGGAGACGUACAAAGCAAAAGGCAGUUCCCACUGA